GUUUAGAUUUGCGAGUCAGCUCGCAACGUUCAUCAAAAGAUCUGGCACAAAGAGUCGACUCAUUCCCAAACGACUCGUCACCUGUAAUGAAUCCUCCUUCAUAAAGUGAAAGCAUCUCUCUCUCAGACUCGAGUACAUUUUGUGGAGCGGUUGGAAAAAGUUAGAAACAGUGAUAUUAAUGUCACACAACAAGGACUAUUAACUAAAGGAGUGUGAGCCAUUCCAGCAGAAGAGAUCAGACUCUUCAGGACUCAACUGUGUUUUUGCAAACUUUACUAAUAUUCAAAGAUGGAGACUCCUGAUCUGGACACGGAUAAUGUUUCUCCACACUCAGAAACCAGUAAAUUCCAGGGAAAGAGAUCAGAAUCACCAGCACCCAGCUGUAACUCCAUGCAGAGUGAUGGGUCUAUGGAUCUUCCUCUGAGGUUUAAAGAUGGAGACUCCUCACUUCUACACAGGGCGUUAGCUGAACCUGUUAAUCAUCUGGGGUUGAACCCAGAUUGUUCUCCAUCUGUUACGAAACGGGACUCGUACGGAAGCAAUUGCAGUAAACUCCAGGGAGAGAGAUCAGAAUCACCAGCACCCAGCUGUAUCUCCAUGAGGAGUGAUUGGUCUAUGAAUAUUCCUGUGCAGUUUAAAGAUGAAGACUCCUCACUUCUACACAGUGUUCCACAGAGAGCAGGAGACAGAAUAGAAAAGAACAUCAUCACAGAUACAGGGCACGACCCAGAAUCUGCUGCUGUGAAUGAAUUCCAGAAAAAGUUCAAAUUAAAUCUGAUGAAGAAGUUUCAGUGUUUGAAUGGAGUGAUAAUAAACCUGGGAAACCAAACACUCCUGAAUGAGAUCUACACAGAGCUCUACAUCACAGAGGGAGACAGUGGAGAAGUCAAUAAAGAACAUGAGGUGAGACAGAUCAAGGCAGCAUCCAGGAGAACAACAACAGAGGAAACACCAAUCAAAUGCAACGACAUCUUUAAGCCCUUAUCUGAACAAGACGAACCCAUCAGAACUGUGCUGACAAAGGGACUCGCUGGCAUCGGAAAAACAGUCUCUGUACAGAAGUUCAUUCUGGACUGGGCUGAAGGGAAAGCAAAUCAGGACAUCCACCUCAUAUUUCCACUUCCUUUCAGAGAGCUGAAUCUGAUGAAGGACCAGAAACUGAGUCUGAUGGAGCUCCUUCAUGUCUGUUUUAAUAAAACAAAAGAAACAGAAAUGUCCAGUUUGGAAAAGGUUCUGUUCAUUUUUGACGGAUUGGACGAGUGUCGUUUUCCUCUAGAUUUCCAGAAGACAGUGAGAGUGUGUGAUGUAACUGAAUCAGAAUCAGUGCAUGUGCUGCUGAUAAACCUGAUCAAAGGGAAUCUGCUUCCCUCUGCUCUCAUCUGGAUCACCUCUCGACCAGCAGCAGCUGAUCAAAUCCCCUCUGAGUGUGUCCAUCGAGUCACAGAGGUACGAGGGUUCAAUGACCCACAGAAGGAGGAGUACUUCAGGAAGAGGAUCAGUGAUCAGAGCCUGGCCAAUAACAUCAUCACACACCUGAAGUCAUUAAGAAGCCUCUACAUCAUGUGCCACAUCCCAGUCUUCUGCUGGAUUUCAGCCACUGUUCUAGAGAGAAUGUUGGGUGAAGCAGAGAGUGGAGAGAUCCCCAAGACUCUGACUCAAAUGUACACACACUUCCUCAUCAUUCAGACAAACAUCAUAAGAGUAAAGUACUCAAAGAAGCAGGAGAGUGAUGAAGAAAUGUUUCUUAAACUGGGAAAACUGGCUUUUCAGCAGCUGAAGAAAGGGAACCUGAUCUUCUAUGAGGAAGACCUGAGAGAGUGUGGCAUUGAUGUGAGAGAAGCAGCAGUGUACUCAGGUGUGUGUACGCAGAUCUUCAGAGAGGAGUUUGGGCUUCACCAGAGUAAAGUGUACUGCUUUGUUCAUCUGAGCAUUCAGGAGCACCUCGCAGCUCUGUAUGUGCACCUGACAUUCAUGAUGAAAAAGAGAAAUGUUCUUUUACAGCAUCAGGUCUCUAAAUGGUGGAUGGAAAAAAUUACAAUCUCAGAUGUACACUAUAGUGCUGUAGAUCAGACUUUACGCAGUCAGACUGGACAUCUGGAUCUUUUCCUUCGCUUUCUUCUGGGUCUCUCACUGAAGUCCAAUCAGAAACUCUUACAGGACUUAGUAGCACAGACAGGAAGUAGCUCCCAGAGCAUAGAGGAAACAGUUCAGUACAUUAAGAUGAAGAUCAGUGAAGAUCUUCCUACAGAGAAAUCCAUCAAUCUGUUCCACUGUCUGAAUGAACUGGGUGAUAAUUCUCUAGUGGAGGAAAUCCAACACUACCUGAAAUCUGGAAAACAAAGUGAAUUCUCUUCUUCACAGUGGUCUGCUCUGGUGUUUGUGUUAUUGACAUCAGCACAGGAUCUGGAAGAAUUUGACCUGAAUAAAUAUACCAGUACAGAUACGAUACCAGAAACUGUUCUUCUGAAGAUGAUGCCUGUGAUUGCAGCCUCCAGAAAAGCAAUUAUCAGGUGUGAUUCACUUGGAGUGAGAAGUUGGUCAGCUCUGGUCUCAGCAUUCAGCUCAGAAACCUCCAAUCUGAGAGAACUGCAUCUGACUGUGAAAACACUGGAUCUGACUGGGAAUGAACUAGGAGACUCAGGAGUGAAGAGUCUCUGUGCUGUACUGGAGAAUCCUCACUGUAAAGUGGAGACACUGAGGUUGAGUGGUUGUUAUGUCUCAGAUGAAGGCUGUGCUGCUCUGACUUCAGCUCUGAGAUCAAACCCCUCACACUUGACAGAACUGCAUCUGUCCUAUAAUAAACUAGGAGACUCAGGAGUGAAGAGUCUCUCUGCUGUACUGGAGAAUCCUCUCUGUAAACUGGAGAUACUGAGGUUGUAUAAUUGUGGGGUGUCAGAUGAAGGCUGUGCUGCUCUGACUUCAGCUCUGAGAUCAAACCCCUCACACUUGAGACACUUGAAUCUGUCUGAGAAUAAACUAGGAGACUCAGGAGUGAAGAGUCUCUCUGCUGUACUGGAGAAUCCUCUCUGUAAACUGGAGAAACUGUGGUUGUAUAAUUGUGGGGUGUCAGAUGAAGGCUGUGCUGCUCUGACUUCAGCUCUGAGAUCAAACCCCUCACACCUGAGAGACCUGAAUCUGUCCUCUAAUAAUGUAGGAGAUUCAGGAGUGAAGAGUCUCUCUGCUGUACUGGAGAAUCCUCACUGUAAACUGGAGAUACUGACGUUAGAGUGUUGUGGUGUCUCAGAUGAUGGCUGUGCUGCUCUGACUUCAGCUCUGAGAUCAAACCCCUCACACCUGAGACAACUGGAUCUGUCUGAUAAUAAAAUAGGAGACUCAGGAGUGAAGCUACUCUCUGCACUUAAGGAUGAUAAACAUUACAAACUACAGACACUGAGGGUGUGAUGAACAUCUGUGUGUGUGAUGAAGACUCCGGUGUUUCUGAAUUUCACUGUUGGGGAAUAGAGAACACAUUUAUAAACACAUCACUCAUUUAAUUAUAACACAUUAAACAGACUCAGAGACGUGAGAAGUGUGUGUUCAUCAUGCACAGUGAAUCAGACUGCACACGAUUCUACACUGAGUGUAUAAUGACCCCUGACCCCUGGAUAAAAUUCCCUGGACCUCCUUCUCAUUAAAAAAAAACAAACAAACAAAACAAAACAAAAAAAAAAAAACUUGAGGGAUUAUUAGGAACAGCAGGUGAAAAAGCACAUGACCUCAAUCUGAACCCAGACAGUGGAAAAGAGAGCUAAAAUGGACAGGAACAGUUUCAAGAUAUUGGUGGAAUUCUCACCUGACAGAAUUGACAUCUGUGGAGUUUAUCUGUGGAGUUUAUCUGUGGAGUUUAUCUGAGGAAGCCUCUAGGAGACUCACUAUAAUCACAUUUAUCACUUUGUCCUUAGGUUAAUUAAUGUAGCAGUGCUGUUGUACUAAAUAUCAGUACUCUUGGAAAGCUGCUUGUACAUUAUAAUUAAUGCACCAGAACUAACUGUUGCAUUAUAUAGUUUUAAUGGUUUGUGAUUCUUCUGUGUUUGUGAUUAAUAUUUGUUUAACAUUGUAAUAUGUUUUAAUAUCUUUACACAUUCAUAGUAAAGCUGGAUACAUAAUUAAAAUUAUAUUGUAUUUAAGCACUUAAAAUGUAUUGCCUAAUUGUACGAAUCAAAUAUAUUUUUGAGAAAUAAAAUACAUAACUGUACAAUGCUAUUAUUUUUGUUGUUUAAAAUUAACUUGAGA